AUGGACGCCAACCUGGCCUUGAUGGCCAUGCUCGCCCUCGUCACCAAAUGCUUCGCUUUUGCCACCUUCUUCGUCGUCCGGUUUGCUGUCGUGGUGCUCCUCGUUGUCUUUGGCGAGGUCGAGCCUCGUCUAGAGCUUGUUCGCCUGCUGGACCGCCUCCCCAACAACCCUCAUCGUGCUCUGGGGGUGCCUGAGCCCCCAGAGGACGCCGACUGGAUGGCUGUUCUGCCGGAUGCCCUUCGACAACUGUGGCCGCAACGAAAGGGGCCUGACACGCCGAUGCUGGAUGCCGAGACCAAAGCCCAGCGCGACCUUAGGAGGAAGAAGGAGCGCGCCCUGCGCAAGAAACAGAACAGGCGCGCGAACAGGGCACAGGGCAGACACCAGAAGGAGGGAAAACCUCCCAAGCAUCCCCAUCGACGAUGGGAAGACGCUCUCGGCAUCCAGCACCCUGACCAACGGGCCCUCAUGAACAACUUUUACUACCCGUUGGCUGCCGACUUUGAGAAGCGGCAAGAAGCCAAGAACAAGAAGCUGCAGAAGAAGCAGCAGGAGGAAGAGGCCGCGGCACGUGCCAAGGCAAAGGAGGAAGGGCGGCGGCUCGCAGAACUGAUCGAGCGCCGCAAACUUCGAGGGAUUUGGAAGUGGUUUGAUGGCCUCAAGUAG